GCCACAACAAUGGCGAUUCCGCUGCACUAGGGGACGCUGCUUGCCACAACUAACAUUUCUACGCCUUUUGACUCGCGUUUAGAGUGAGUUUUUAAAGUAUUCUAUCUGCAUCACAGAAAAUUAGACGCUUGACUUCGCUUCGAAUUUGCCUAAAUGACGAAAAUAGCCGUUAACUUGCCCCAUGACCUCUUCGGAGAAACGUGUCUAAAUUUGUCGUAAAACCUGUUUCCUUGUCAGCGCGAACUUUAACCCAGUUGAAGACACGCGACUGGGGGCAAGUUUAACAAUGUGACACGCCCUGUAGUUGUUUCCUCGCAUGAAACUUUAGUUAGAAAAGAGAAGCUUUAUAAUUGUCAUUUCUUUUAAUAUUUACCGACGUGAUCUGUAAACACGUUAAUCCCUCCCACCCAUCACGGCUAAUUUGAGCCGAGAAUGAGGGAGGCGCUCAAACUGGGCUAGCAAUCCAGACGCCACAUCUCAGCCAAUAAGAAGCAGAGUUGGCGCGCCACAACCAAUCACAAAUCGGCGUCGGGUGCGCACUUACUUUGGACGACUGGCCGGGGCCAUGGACGGGACGAGUCGUCCCUUAGUUGAGAUCCCAAACUUUUAAACAGCCGUCUUUCGACACCAGCCCGUUCGGAGCCGCCCACUUGGACGCAGUCAUGGGUGAAAUCGAGGGGUCCUAUCGGGUCCUUCAGACCCCGGGCACGAGACUGGGCGCCCAGUUCAAUGCAGGCAUUAGCACAUUGGAGCCAGGCCAGAGCCUCAGCACCAACGUGGUUGUGGUCGGAGGCACCCCCGGCGUCAAGGGUCCCGGUCGGGGUCUUCAAGUCCGCGUUCAAGGUCUGGACGAGUCCCAGGAGUUCUUCGAUUUAGACCCAAGAGCUUUCGGGCAGGAUCUUCUCUCGGAGGUGUUUCUGCGAGGGAACCUCAUUGAAAGUGAUUACUUUGGGCUGGAGUUUCAGAACAUGCAGUUGAACUGGCUUUGGCUGGAGCCCACCAAACUCAUUGUGAAGCAAGUCAGAAGACCCGCAAAUUCGAUGUUUAGACUGGCUGUGAAAUUUUUCCCCCCGGACCCUGGUCAGCUGCAGGAGGAGUUCACCAGGUACUUGUUCUCCCUGCAGAUGAAAAGGGAUUUGAUGGAGGGACGCUUGAUCUGCACAGAAAACACCGGAGCCCUCCUCGCCUCUCACCUUGUCCAAUCUGAAAUUGGCGACUACGACGCGGCCGCUGACCGAGACUUCCUGAUGAACAAUAAGCUGCUGCCGUACCAAGAGAAGGUCCUGGAGGCCAUUGUGGACUUCCACCGCAAACACCUUGGCCAGACCCCCGCCGAAUCAGACUUCCAAAUAUUAGAGAUCGCACGCAAGCUGGAGAUGUACGGCGUGCGCUUCCACCCGGCGGCCGACCGGGAAGGCACAAAGAUCAACCUGGCCGUGGCCCACAUGGGCCUUCAGGUCUUUCAGGGCCACACCAAAAUAAACACCUUCAAUUGGUCUAAGAUUCGCAAGCUGAGUUUCAAGAGGAAGCGCUUCCUGAUCAAGCUCCACCCAGAAGUUCACGGCCCACAUCAAGACACUCUUGAGUUCAUGAUGGGCAGCAGGGACCAGUGCAAGGUCUUCUGGAAGAUCUGUGUGGAGUAUCACUCCUUUUUCCGUCUUGUGGACCAACCCCAACCAAAACCCAAGACCAUACUUUUCACCAGAGGCUCUUCUUUCCGAUACAGUGGGCGGACGCAGAAGCAGCUUGUGGAAUACGUGAGGGAAAACGGAGCCAAGAGAACACCGUAUCAGAGGAGGAACAGUAAAGUACAAACGUCGUCUCGCUCCUUUACCAUCGAUGUGCCAAAACAGAGCUUGUCGUUCAACGACCGUCUGCGGACGCCGUGCUCCCAUCCCUCGUCCUCGGUGUCCUUCCUCUCGCCGCACAUCUCCAGCGUCGUCGGCCCGCGAAAAGACCACCCAGCUCACCACCACCCGCAGCAGCCGCCUUCACCCGCCAUGCCGCCCUCUCCGGCGUCCCCUCAACAGCCGCCGCAGCAGCAGCAGCAGCCCAACAUCCCUCCGAAGGAAGAAGCCGUCAACGGCGGCAAUCCCCCGACUCACUACUCUUUGUCAGGUGCUCCCACCACCGCUCACUUCAGCCCCGCGUUUGUCCGUGUCGAAGGCGUCAUCCCGCAAUUGCAAGCGUCCAAAAAUGAGGCGAGUCAGCCUUUUUCUAGAAGGGCAGGCAGGAAGGGGGUUCUCACGCCCGAAGCUUUCGAGGCUGAGCUUUUGCGUACCAAACAAAUGUUCUCGCCGCUGCGCGUCACCGAGGAGUUCAUAGACGACGAUCCCACGCAAAUGUCUUUCUACGAUGGUCGGGUGGAGGCCUACCCUUACGGACGCAAUGACAAUGUGGAGCGCGUUGAUUACGAACGCGAGUCGGCUAAGAACGGGCUCUUCAGCGUGGGUCUCGAAGACCUCAACGGCAGCGUCAACGCUUUCCCUGACAGCGCGGUGGGUCAUUCCGAGACCAGCUCCUUGCUCAACAACCGUUCGGAGUGCAGCUCCCUGGACAAUUUAGGGCUCAGUUCUGCGGGCGAGUCCAUGUCGGCCGCUCAGGACUCGGCGUCCUCGCUGCGUCUGCCCGGCUCUGACGUCCAGUCGGAGGCCAGCUCCAUGGUCAACUUCCCGGCGUGCUCGGUGCGCUCCGAGAGCAGCUCGGCGGUGCAGUUCAGCGACUUGGUAGAGCAGCUGGAGCAGCUCAGCUACCCGCCCACCGGUACCGAGGGCUCCGGGAACGGCACCUCCGACUCUGACUCGGACUGGGGCUCGGACAGCGUCCUGCCGCCAGAGCAAAAUCUGUUUUACAGCAACGCUCUCACCGGGAAUGCCGGGAUUGAGAACUUUCUCCUUCAGUGCCAUAACCUGCAGGCCUUGGCCUUAGCAGACCCCCCUGGACCUGCGCAAAUUUAGUUGAAAUUCAAACAAAACCAUAAUGUUUUGAGAAUUAGGGAACACAAAAACGCUGUUUUUGAGAACGCAAACGGGUCUCUCAAGCCACAAGAUUCAGGAACAUUUCGAUCUUUGUACUCGAACGGCAAGUCUUGGAGCUAAACGAAGUCCAAUCUGGCACUUCAGAUCCCAGAACAACCCCACCAGUCAUCUUGUGGCCCUGAAUCUAAGCGCCGACACAUCAAGGGCCUAAAACUGUCGAUUUGGCUGUUGGUUUAGAAAAGUAAAACAAAAAAAAGUUUUGGAUCCUGAGAAUGGUUACUGGUUGUGAGGUGAACUUUGCUGUAGUAACUCCCAGACCUACCUGGACCGACGUAAAUUUUGUGGCUAUUUAGAUGAGUAAGAAAUAACAUGUCACUUUGGCUGAUAUAGUUUACACAGUAAAUGCUGUUUUGGGCUCAAAAGCUGCAUUUCCGCCGAAAGUUCUUGGAACUUUUAUUUUUGGCACUUAUCUAGUAGUUCCUGGAAG